AUGUCUGAAGUAGAAGAAAUUAAUUUGGAAUCAAAUAUCAAAAAGCCAAGACAUUAAAAAUAGCAAAAUUAAUCUAGGAACAUUAGAAAGCCUAAAAAUAACUUCAAUAGACAAAAAAAUAAUUCACAAAACAGAAAUAGAGAUAGAUAAAGAAAGAAUGAUUGGAAAUAAUAAAAUGGAGCCAAUACAAGAGAAUUAUACGAAAUUGAUAUCUACAACUUUCUAGCCAAGAAUUAGAUCUCUGACCUAAUAAGUGAUAUUAGAUCUAGAUGCGGGAAUUUGGUUAAACUUCACGUUAUUGCCAAUAAUAUACAAGAGAAUGAAGCUGAAACUAAAGUAGUCUUGAAGGCUUUUUUCAAAGAUUCAAAGUCAGCAGAUGAAUGCUAUUUUCAAUAUAAUGAUGCCAAAUUGGAUGAUUUAUCCUUAAGAACAGAACGCAAAUAUUGA